AUGGAAGCAAGUUUGGGGCUCGCUACAACAGACAUAAGUGCCAAUCAAAACAAAACAGAUAACGAUGGCGGUGAAGAUACUACUACUUCUUCUUCCAGUCAGCCAAUGGAUUAUUGCGCUUCCACCAUUGCCCCACCAGCUAUCACUAUUCCAGUAGCAGCAUUGUCCAAAGUGACACCAGUGGCAGCUCCACUUACCAAAGAACAAUUGCAAUCCAUUCCAAGGAAGCAUGACAUUGUUUGCAAAUGUGGAUGUAUUCCAGCGAUUCCAUCCAUGUUUCAAAUGGCAGAAUUGCGAAAGCAAGCGGCGAGAGAAAAAAAGAACAAGGCCAAACAAAUACUGUAA